AUGAGCGUCACAUUCGAAGUUUUCCGUGGUUCCAAGGAGGGAAAGAUCGUUGCCGACAAGACCACCCGCACACUCCAGCCCAACGAAGUCUACAUUGAGACCACCCACUCCGGUCUCUGCGGCACAGACGAGCACUACCUGCACUCCGGCCAAGCUCUUGGCCAUGAGGGUGCUGGUAUCGUACGACAGAUUGGCCGUGAUGUCACCAAUGUUCAGGUUGGCGCCCGUGUCGGCUUUGGAUACACCCACUACGUGUGUGGAACCUGCGAAAAGUGCUUGAGCGGCUGGGACCAGUACUGCGAGAAUAAGAAGCAAUAUGGCUCCCAUGAUCACGACCUUGGCUCUUUCAGCGAGGGUACCGUGUGGGAUGCCCGCUGUGUCGUCCCAAUUCCCGAUGGAUAUGACUCCGCGGACGCCGCUCCGUUGAUGUGCGCGGGCGCCACCGUCUGGACCAUUCUGACCGAGUACGGUGUUCGCCCUACCAACCGCGUUGCUGUGAUGGGUAUUGGUGGCCUGGGUCAUUUGGCCAUCAAGCUGGCUGCCGCGAUGGGAUGCCACGUCGUCGUCCUGUCCAGCUCCGAGGCCAAACGUGAGGAGGCGAUGAGCUUCGGUGCCUCCGAGUACCACGUUUUCCACGCCGGUCAAGAGAUUAAGGACUUCAAGCCGGUGAGCCACCUCCUGCUCUGCGGUAGUGCCAGCGUCGACUAUCAAUCUCUGAUGCCACUGAUGGAUAUUCAUGGAUCUAUCUACCCAUUGACUGUCGAUUUUGCUCCCUCGCCUGUCCCUCUGGUCACGAUGAACCUCAAGGGUAUCCGUGUUCAGGGUUCUCUUGUUGCAUCUCGCCGCAGCCUGCGCUCUUUGGUGCAAUUCGCUGCCGAGAAGAAGAUCACUCCUACCACGAUGACCUUUCCGCUGGAUCGGGAAGGAGUUGAGAAGGCAAUGCAGACCCUUCGCGAGGGCAAGAUGAGAUACCGUGGUGUUCUUGUUCGUCAGUAG